AUGCCUGUGAGCAUGUUCAGCAUCGACAAUAUCCUGGCGGCCAGACCUCGCUGCAAGGACUCGGUGCUGCUGCCCCCGAGCGCCGCGCCCGUCGUCUUCCCCAGCCUCCACGGGGACCCGCUCUACGGCAGCGCCUCCGACUACGGCGGAUUUUACUCCCGGGCGGUGGCACCCGCCUCCGCGCUGCCGCCGGCGGUCACCGGAUCUCGGCUCGGCUACAACAACUACUACUACGGGCAGCUGCAUGUGCCGGCGUCCCCCGUGGGCCCUUCGUGCUGCGGGGCCGUGCCGCCCCUGGGCGCCCAGCAGUGCUCCUGCGUCCCCCCCGCAGGUUACGAGGGCACUGGGUCAGUCCUGAUGUCCCCUGUUCCCCAUCAGAUGUUGCCCUACAUGAACGUGGGCACUUUGUCCCGGACGGAGCUGCAGUUACUGAACCAGCUGCACUGCAGGCGAAAAAGACGGCAUCGGACCAUCUUCACUGACGAGCAGCUAGAAGCGCUGGAAAACCUCUUCCAGGAAACGAAAUACCCAGACGUGGGCACCAGGGAACAGCUGGCCAGAAGGGUGCACUUAAGAGAGGAAAAAGUGGAGGUUUGGUUCAAAAACCGCCGGGCGAAGUGGAGGAGGCAAAAGCGAUCGUCUUCGGAGGAGUCAGAAAACGCACAAAAAUGGAAUAAAGCGUCUAAAACGUCUCCGGAGAAGAGACAAGAGGACGGAAAAAGUGACUUGGACUCCGACAGCUGA